AUGGGUCAGGGUGAAAGGCCUGGGCCAGAGGCUGGGGUUGUGGCCGAGGCCGCAGGCCUCCUGGGCACCCAGAGGAGGGCCCAGCUGUCCGAGAGGGCCUCCUGCGGACCCGCAAAGAGGCAGCGGCGACAGCGCACGGUGUUUAACAAAGAACAGUUACACGUCCUCGAGGAACACUUCGUAAACGACCAGUACCCGAGCUACCGGGCCCGCGAGGACCUGGCGGCCCGGCUCAACCUGGAGGAGUACAAAGUGCAGGUGUGGUUCAAGAACCGCCGGGCCAAAAACGCUCGGCUGAAGCGACUGACCCAGGGGCCUGGCCAGGGUCCCCGCAGCGUUCCCACCGACGGCGGAGUCCCCGACGCCCCCGCUCCCGGGACUGCCUCUACCCCUGCGGCCGCGGCUGCAGACUCUGCGACCCCAGAGGGCUCGGGUUGCCGCAGCCCCUCUCCGCCCAGCCCCGCCGGCAUGCUCAGCACACCAGCGUCCGGCGGCGUCCCCAGCCAAGGCCGGGCUGGGUGCACCCCGGCGCAGGGCGCCCAGGAGGACUUCCCUACGGCAGCUCCAGCCUCGACCCCAGGUCCAACUUCAGCCCCGACUCCAGACUGGGUUCAGGACCCCUGCGCCGCCUCGGACUCCUGGCCAGACUCUGUUGUCAUCUUUGAUUUCACAGACCUCUUCCCGCUGCAAGAACCCUCCCACGAACCUCCCUCCGUCUUGGUCUCAGAGUACCAAAAGGGAGAUGACUCUGCGGAUGACUCGAGCCCCCGGCAGUUUCUGAAUUUAUAG